CAAAGAAAGACUGUAUGGACUUAAGAUUACAGCGUUGCCUUCCUACUCGUUCAUUAAUCGAGUCCAUUUCGAUAUGCCUUCAUUCAACAUCGUCCUUGCGUGUGUUGCAGUGGCAGCUGCACGAUGUCUUGACUUUUCCACCAUCAAGUCUGCCGUUGAACCUUGGCUACCUUCCACCGACAGUCAUUCAACACAUACCAUUCAGGCACGAGCCCCUUGCGAUCCGCUUCCAAGUGGUAGUGGACCGGUCGCAUUAAUCGAUACUCCAGCCAUGUUUUCCAGCAAUACCCUGGUCCAUCUGCCCGCUCAGAUUGCUACGACCCCAACCCUAUAUACACGACAAUUUGUGGACCAAUCUGCAUCUGUCAACGCCGCGGGCUAUCUCGGAUAUGUGUUACUGGCCAGCUACGACACCGCAAAUUGCUCGGCACAGUGUAAUGCUAUUACAGGUUGUAAUGCAUUCAACAUCUAUCAUGAGCGAGACCCCUUGCAGGAGCCGGGUGCAGCGUGCAUAAAUCCGGCCAGCACGACAAACAUUAAGUGCGCAUUCUGGAGCGGUGGAAGUAGUGCGGUCAAUACCGCAAAUAACGUCAACAAUGGCCAAUUCCGGUUCUCGUUUCAAGUCCUGAUCGCUGGCUCAAAUGGGUACACGAGAAUUGGAAGUUAGAGGGUCCUUGAGGGCUUGGAAAUAAUUACGGACGCUGUGCUGCCGGACCAAUGAUGAAUAUGGAGGUGAUACAAUACUGACAUAUUAGGCUUCGUGGUCACCAUGUUUACUGGAGUGUUGUUGCCGCAUUGGAGGCUUUACAAUGCUGCUUGGUCGGCACUUGUCGCACCU